CAAGAAAAAAACUAGAGCUGAACAGAUUGUUACACACAGAACAUCCACCUUCUCCAUAGAGAAGGAAAACCUGGGCUCCCAAUGCAGACUUGCUCUCCUGUGUCUCAAACAGAAAAACCAACCCAGAAACUACGCGCCUGUCAGUCUCACUUCAGUGCCUGGUGCAUUUAUGGAGAAGAUCAUUCUGGGAAGGAUUGAAAAACACCUGAAACACAAUGCAGUCAUCCGUCACAACCAGUACGGCUUCAUGAGAGGAAAGUCCUUCCUGUUGAACCUGAUUUCCUUCUAUGACAAGCCUACCACAGAAGGAGGGGAAGAGAAAGGGGGAGUGAGAGAGUGGCUCAUGGUUUGGAGAAUCUCCGUGGGAGCACUAAAUUGGGGAGUGCCAUUCCUAAACCAUGACAGUCCAAUAGAGUCAAUGCCAGAUGGCUCCAGGAUGGACCUGCCACUGGCCAAGGCCAUGCUCAUCAGUGACAGCGGCAGCACCUCUAGGAUAACAAAAUUAAAUGUGGAGGUGGAAAAACCUGUGCAACAGAAACUGCAGUUGGAGGGAGGAGUGAGAACAUGUGAGAGAAACAGUCCUGCAGACACCCAAGUCAGUACAGAAGGAGGGGCAGGAGGUGUUCCAGGCACCAGAGUAGAGAUUUCCCUGCAACCCAUAAGGAAGACCAUGGUGAAGCAGACUGUUCCCCUACAGCCCAUGGAGGUCCAUGGGGAAGCAGAGAUCCAUCUGCAGCCCAUGCUGGAGCAGGCAGUGACUCUGCAGGAAGCCUGUACUGGAGCAGGGUCCUGGCAGGACCUGCAAACCCAUGGACAGGAGCCCACACUGGAGCAGAUUUGUGACCCUGUGGUGGGCAUGUGCUGA